GUUUUAUCGCGAAGUGUUGUCUCUUCAUUCUAAAGAUUUUAAUUCAACCAGCAACUUACUGACACGGAAUAAAAAUAUGAUUGACAUUCUUAUUCGAACAUGUAUAAUCACGUGAUAAAUGUCAACAAUAGGAUAGUAGUGGGAAUUUAAUUUAGAGAAAAACAGCUGACUUGAAGUAUAGAGAAGACAUUUAGAAUAGAGGUUCUUAGAAUACAGAAUCGUCCAUCAUGCAACAACGUGCUUGCGGCCUCGUCAUUUUCCGUCGAUUUCAAGAUACCAUCCAGUUUCUCUUGAUGCAAACGUCAUAUGGGCAACAUCACUGGACGCCGCCUAAAGGUCAUGUCGAUCCCGGUGAAUCCGACAUGGAGACGGCGUUGCGCGAAACCCAGGAAGAGGCUGGCUUUACGUCGAGCGAUCUCAAGAUCUUCGAGGACGCGAGGCACGAGAUGACAUAUCAAGUAAACGGGAUGCCGAAGAUUGUUAUUUAUUGGUUGGCAGAACUGCUCAAUCCGGACAAGUCCGUAAAAUUGUCGAAUGAGCAUCAGGCAUACGAGUGGCUUUCGUUGCGCGAGGCUUGCGAUCUAGCGAAAUAUGCCGAGAUGCAGAGAGCCCUGAAUGAAUUCGACAAAUAUUUUUUUUCUAGCAUUGUUCUUUCUCUUCUUCGUCUUCAACUACAAAGUACUGCUGCCAAUCACACAAUAUGUGCGAGAAAGUUAACUGAUUGUUAUGUCUUUCUGCAGCGCUUAUGUUUAUAUAAAAGAAAUUUAUUGUUUUAACAUUCCGUAUAUUUUUGAAGCAAGUCUGUGAUCCUGAGAAUGUGUACUAAAAAUAUGUUUUAAAAUAAUUAACUGUGGCAUACAUAAGAUUUAAAUAUCAUAAAAAUA